AUGAAGGACGGCUGGCACGCACACGCGCGAUGCACUGAUCAGCGAAAGGUUGACUGGUGGAGAGCGGGCGUGUUGACAGAACGGCACUUGAAGAAGGCGACAGAACAUUUUACGAGAUUCCAGCACGUCGUCAUGAAUCACAUCACCGAAGCCGUCAACGCCGUGCGCCAACGAGAGCGCAGUUCGAACGCCAGCUCAAAUGUGUCGUCGAAGCGCGUGCUUCUCGCGGGCGACGAACGCAAUCGUCGGGCCGCCUACUGGGCCAUGAAGAAGGUCGAGGCGCGCCGUCUAGCAGAGGAGCAGCCCAUUCGUCGAUCUCGACUCGAAGCCGUCAACAAGGAGCCGGAGUGGAAGAAGAGCUUGACCUCCACUCGAAGCGGCAAGUCAACCGUCUCAAAGCAGAUAAGCGCGAACGAUUAG